AUCCAGUUUCCAACAUUCCAGUUGUAUUUAUUUUUUAAUGUGUUGUUGUGUGCGUUGGUACAGAAAACGGCGGAGCAUUUCACUUGCCGGAUAAUUUUAGCGCGUUUUUUUAAGCAUUCGGGAAAACAAACUGAAAACAAUUGAAGAAAAGUGAAGCAUAGGGAAAAUUGAACAAUUGUUAAAUGCAAAGCCGAAAUAUGGGAAACUAAAUAUAUUUAUAUACACGCAUAUACAUACAUACAUAUAUAUAACUAUAUAUAAAUAUACAAACAUAUUUAUAGUGCACUCGUGUGCGUGUGUGUGCGUGUGUGUGCGUUUCACAAAUGCCGACAAAUUGGAGCGGCAAAGUGUUAAAUAUAUGAAUUGCAUUGCAACUGAUGCAACAAUUGUGGAAAAAGGCAUCAAAAUAUUUAUAAAAUACAAUAUACAUAUGUAUGUAUGUGCGGCAUACGGACAGACACGACGUGUAUGUAUGUAUGAAUAGAGACCGCCGUUUGCUGUAGCCGUAGCUCUGUGUGUGCGUGUGUGUGUAUGUGUCUGUAUGUGCGUGCCAGCCAACCAGCCAAGCAGCCAAUGUGUGCAUGUGGCUGUGUAUGUGCGCGUAUAAUCAUGUGAAAAAUCGAUUGGAAGGCACUGGAAGUCAGUCAGUCGUAUGGUCAUUGGAACGGCCCAGCGGCAACGGUGGCGGCGCCAAUUGUCAUUUACUAUCAAGCAAGAAGAAGAAACGUGCGCACGCACCAAAAGUAGCCACCAAAAAAAGAAAAAAGAAAGAAAACGAAGACAAAAAUACAGUCAACUAAUCUAAAACGAAAAUAAAGCGAAUCGCAAACACGCAACGGCAUUUUUGCACAAUAACAUUGAAUACAAAAAAUACAAAUAAGACGAAAAAGAGAAAAAAUCACGAAUAGUUGCGUCUAGGCGAGAAUCGCAGUGAAAGGUGCGCAAUUUCGUUUAGUUGAGACACAAACCAAACCGUACGUUUUGAAUGCCAUUUGUUGUUGUUGCUAUCUGUAUGAAUAUUUUUGUUGUUUUCAUUUCUUUUCUCCCCCCACUCGUUCAUCCGACAUUUUUGCAUGUGCAGAGGAAGAAGAGGAAGACCUGGCAGCCAGGAAAAAUAGCUGAGGCAGCGUCAACGGCAGCGGUCAACAUUUAGAAGCAUAUUGCAAAUUGAUUGACAAGCAAAAAAAAAAAAAAAAAAAAAAUAAAUACAUUUAAAAAAAGGAAAAGAAAAAGGUGAUGCGCAAAACACAACCCGAAACAACAGUCACACCGAUUGCGAGAGAGCGACGGUAAAGAAAACCGAGAGCACGACAGAGAGAGUGUGAGAGCGAAUAUCAUCAUCAGCAGCAGCCAAAAGUUGUUAAAACGAAAACGCACAAAAUAAUAAUAAUAAUAAAAAAGAAGCAAAAGAAAAAGCAAUAUAGAGACACACACACACACACAGAGAUACUGAUACUGGCACACACAUGUGUGCGUGCGUAUAGAGCGAUAGCGAUUUACGAUAACGAUAAUUCUGGUGCAAAUUUUAUAUAACAAAAACCCCAACUGCGAAGCAGCAAACAAAACAAAAGCGAAAAACGAGAAACAAGAAGCAAGGCAAACGCAAACGCAAGCAAAACGAGAACGGCUGUUAAAUGCGGCGAUCAAAACGCCAGCGUUAUUGUCGCCCGACCAACAACAACAAGAACAAGAACAACAGCAAGAAUAGCAAUAGCAAUCGUAGCAACAGUUAUCGAUAUCAGCAAAAGGACGGGGACACGAGCAUCAUCGCUGUUUAUUGACUGGAAAACAGACUGGAAAGGAGGCAUUGCAUUAAUCGAUCGUAGCACAAGUAACAGCAACAGCAGCAGUAGCGAAAAUAAUUUGACGACAAUUUCGAUUGUUGUUCAGGCUUUGCCAAAUAAUGGAACCAGAUCCCAAUGGGAUAAAGAUCGAACCAACACUUGACCAUCACCAGCAGCAGCAGCAACAGCAGCAACAAUACGCAACACUUUUGGCAAUAAAUGGCCCAAAUGCGCGCCUUCUUAUCGAGCAUCAGUCAGCGCUGUUGGUACCCCUAUCGACACAUCAGCAACAACAAUUGCAAUUGCAGCAGCACCAGCAACAGCAGCAACAGCAACAGCAGCAACAGUUUCAGCAACAGCAGCAACAGCAACAGCAUCAUCUGCAGCAGCAACAAUUUCAUCAGCAACAAUUGCAAAUAACAUUACCCGCUUACACACAGCCGCUCUCGCUCAAGCAACAGCCGCCACCCACACCCCUGGGACCCACCUCCUCGGUCAGCAACAGCAAUACGCAACAACAGCAACAGCAGCCCCAACAGCAACAACAACAACAACAGCAGCAACAACAACCACACCAUCAUCAUCAACAUCAGCAGCGCUGGAACGAGAGUCCAGAGGCGAGACAACGGCGGUUGGCCCGCAAUGCUGAGAGGAUGCGCGAGAGACGUCAGCGUGAAAGUGAAGACGAAUAUCGAAAACGUUUGAUGCGUAACGCCGAAGCGAAUCGCCAACGGCGACAGAAUGAAUCAGAUUUGGAGCGGGCGAUGCGGCUGGUGCGCAAUGCGGCCCGGCAACGAUUGCGACGGGCCAUGGAAUCGCCGGAUCAGCGAUCCAAACGCCUGGCCAAGCUGGCCGAACGAAUGCGCAUGUAUCGGGCCAGCGAGACGGCUGAUCAGCGCAAGGUACGGCUGGCAGAGAUGGCCGCCCGGGCCAGGCAGCGCAUCGCCAGCGAGUCGGCGGAGGAGCGGAAGGAAAGACUGAGAAAGCUGAACGACUAUGCGAAAAAGGUCAGAGAAAAGAAAAAGAUAUACAAACAGGUGCAGGUGCAUGUUCAGAAUUCGUCGUCGUCUUCAUCGACCAAUUCGACCAAUUCCAAUACACUGACCGUUCAGCAGCAGCAGCAGCAACAGCAGCAGCAGCAACAUCAACAGCAGCAGCAGCAGCAGCAGCAGCAGGUGCUAGCAGUGGCAACAGCCGCUGCUGCCGCCGCCGCCGCAGCUGCAAACGUAGCUGGCCAAUCAGCCAAUUGUAAUAAUGAGCAUAAUAUUAAUUUAAAUCAGGCAAACGUCUCAUCAGCGCCUGCCAACAAUGCCACCACUACAAGCAGCAGCAGCAGCAACACCACAACAGCGGCAGCAGCAACUGUUACCGCCGACGAUCAGCAUCUGGUGACAGCUGCACCGGCCUCGGCCUAUCAGCAGCAUCAGGCCAUCGAGUAUAUGGGCCAGAAUAUGUUUAUAGCGCGACCGACGAUGCAGCUGAAACAGGAGCCGCAACAGCAUCAGCAACAGCAACAGCAGCAGCAACAACAGCAGCAACAGCAACUGCAGCAGCAGCAGCAGCCGCGCUACUCCCUUGGUGCCCAGCAGCUGAUCGAUGGCGUUGCUGGUGGCAGCGGAGCCGCCGAGGCGGGCAGCAUCUUUGUCCAACAGAUCUAUGGCGAGGAGCCGGGCAAAACCGGUAAAUUGCUGCAGGCGCAUGUCCCGCACUUUAGCAUUGCCAAUCAGCUCGAGUUCUAUAAGCAGAAAUACGCCAAUAUGGUGGAACUUCAGUCUGGCGAGACGAACGAUAACAGCGGGUCUGUUACACUGGGUCAGAACGAGGCCAAGGUGAUUGUGGCCGCCGCCGAGCAGCAGCAGCAGCAGAAGGUGCUCAAGCCUGGAUCAGCAGCGGCCGCUGCAGCCGCAGCCGCCGCAGCAGCAGCAGCAGCAACAACCUCAACCACAACCGGGACCCAGCUCUACAAUCAGCUACCAUACCUGGCCACAUUUCCAGCGACGGCCAAUAGCAGCGGAGCGAGCGGCACUGUGACGGUGGCUGGCGGCGGCGGUGCAGCCGGUGCAGCCAAUGGAUCGGCGGCAGCCAGUGCCACUGCUUACUAUCCUAUGUAUCCGAAUGGCUUCCAGCUGGGCAUCGGGCCGAAUACGGUGCCGCCGCCGUUUACACCUGUGCAUUUCGCCAAUGCCAGCGGCGGUAGCAGUCCAACGGCGCCGGGUCAAUACAAUAUACUGACGGCGCCGACCGGUGCGAAUCCUACAUUAACUGUCACCGGACUGGGCCAGCAGCAGCAGCAGCAGCAGGAUCCGCAGCAGCAACAGCAGCAGCAGCAACAACAGCAACAACAGCAGCAGCAACAACAGCAACAGCAGCAACAACAGCAGCAGCAGCAACAGCAACUGUUGCACGAAUUCCCAAAAAUGGGUCGAGGUCGUCCACGUAAGAUUAGCCUGUUGACCAGCGAGGAUCACCUAAAGGCGAACACACUGCUGGAGCAGGAGUUGAAUCAAAUGCUCUCCGCACCGCAUUUGGGCUCGGGCAUUGGAAGCGGACGACGCGGACGUCCGCCGUUGCAUCAAAGCCAUCAUCAUUUGCAUCAUGCACAUUCCACGGCAGAUGGCAAUGGCGCUGCCACGCCGCGACGCAGCGGCGCCAACAAAUACGAGACGGAGGAGGAGAAGCGCAUUCGGCUGGACAAAAUGGCGGCGCAUCAGCGUGCGGUGCGUGCGAAUGAAUCGCCCGAGCAGCGAGCGGUGCGCCUGCAGAAGCUGAGCGAACGGGCGCGUCUCAAGCGUGCCCAGAUCCGUGCAACCGAGAACAAUGAGGAGCGCAAGGAGCGGCUGUCCAAGCAGGCGGAAUACGCCCGACUGCGUCGCAUGCGCAGCCAUACGCCGCGCACCAGCAGCAGCGCCAGCGCCGAGUUCCAUGGCAAGACGGAGGAUGAUACGACGGAACAGCUGUACGACAACGAUACGGAUGGCGGGGAUAGUUUUGUGCUGAAGUCGGACUCGCAGAUGGACGAUGGCGAUGCCGAUGAUCAGGACAAGCAGCUUCAACAAUUGCAGCAGCAGCAGCAACAACAGCAGCAACAGCAGCAACAACAGCAGCAGCAGCAGCAACACGAACUACAUCAGAUGACGGGCAGCCUCCUGCAGCAGCCACAUCACGAGGCAAUCGUCAUCAAUCAGCAACAGCAGCAGCAGCAGCGUCUGGUCAGCCUCAAUCAGCAUCAGCAGAGCUACAGCAAGCUGCAGGCGGCAACGGCGACCAGUGCGAGCAGCGCUGCCGGCGGAGCAGGAGGCAACGGAGCGGGCGCACCUGAGAAUAAUGAUAUGCUAAAGAUACUCGAACCAAUAAUUGUUAUGAAAACCAAAUGAGUAUCGCGAAAGCGCCAAAAUGAGCUGACUAAGUGCUAGAUAUGUAUAUAUAUAUAUGUGGUGUAGUUAUCUAUGUAUGUAUGUAUGUCAGCUAUAUGUAUCUAUAUAUAUAAAUCUAGCUAUAAUUUCGGCUAUUGUUGGCGCUGCAGCGUGCAGAAAUUGUUGUUGACAACGAACACCCACACACACACACACACACACACACACACACACAUACACAAAUAUGUCAUCUGGUCAGCCAUGCCCCCCCCUAACCAAACCCCUCCCCCACCCCUUACAUACACAGCCCACAUUUCUUGUAGCUAUAUAUAUAUAUAUAUAUAUAUAAAUACGUAUAUAUAACAAAUACUUCGUAUGUAUUGAACGCGUUUGUACAAAGUGAAACCGAACGAAAGAAACAGAGAGCGAACAAGAAAAACAAAGGAUAUCCUUAAGGCGCGCGUUCUAUAUUUAAAUGCUAAACUACACAUACACACACAAACAAAAACAUAUAUAUAUAUACAACUAA